AUGGAAGAUGGAGAUGAGUAUCGUCGUUGGGAUGAAUUGAUACCAGAUGCCCUUGGGCUAAUUUUCAGCAAUCUUUCUCUCCAAGAGACACUAACCGUGGUCCCAAGGGUUUGCAAAUCAUGGAGCAGAGCAGUUUCAGGGCCAUAUUGCUGGCAAGAAAUCAACAUUGAGGAAUGGAGCGCUAGGUGCCAUCCUGAUCACCUUGAUCGCAUGCUUCAAAUUUUGGUUACGAGAAGCUGUGGAUCCCUCCGCAAGCUCUGUGUCUCUGGCCUCCACAAUGAUACGAAUUUCUCAUUCCUUGCAGACCAUGCUGGUUCCCUUCAGACAUUGCGGAUUCCAAGAAGUGAUAUUAGUGAUUCGAUAGUUGAACAAAUUGCUGGAAGGCUUUCGACUAUCACUUUCUUGGAUGUGAGCUACUGUACUAAAAUUAGUGGACGUGCUUUAGAGGCUAUUGGAAAGCAUUGCAAAUUGCUUGUGGGGCUAUGCCGGAACAUGCACCCAUUAGAUACAGAAGGCUUGGAAACCCAAGAUGAUGAGGCUUAUGCCAUUGCCACCACGAUGCCUAAGCUGAAGCGUUUAGAGAUGGCUUACCAUCUUGUUAGCACAGAAAGUUUACUGCAGAUCCUUUCACGCUGUACCGAGCUUGAGUUUAUGGAUUUGAGAGGAUGUUGGAAUGUGAACCUUGAUGACAAGUUCCUGAAGGAGAAUUUCCCAAAAUUGACAGUAUUAAGGCCUCUUGUAAUGGAGGACUAUUAUGAGACGAAUGAUUGGGAAGAAGAUUGUUCCGAAUAUUCGGAUGAUUCUGAUUACUUGGCCUGGGGAUUUUUAGCUGGUGAUGGGGGAGACUAUGACGAUGAUGAUGAGAGUUAUGAUGAGAUGUGGGAUGAUGAGGGAAGGCUGGAGGAACUUGAGCUGAGGUUCUAUGAAGGAGCAGAUGCUGGACUGUUCGGUUGGCCUCCAUCUCCUUAG